UCACUGUUCUUCUUCUUCUCCCUCUCUUAAAUUCUUGUGGGAAUCAAUACCAGUAACAAGUAAAGUCUCUCUCUCCCUCUAAAAAUAACUCCGUUUGAACCGGUCCAUCUAUAUCAUCUAUCUCUCUCUUUCUCUCUCAAUCAACCUCUUUAUUAUUACCCUCCUUUUGCUUCCUCUCUCUCUCUCUAGGGUUUUGAUUCUGAUUUCUGUAGCACAGACCCAGAAUCAUCAUCAUCCUCAUCUAUCCAAAGUUCCCAUCUUUUUUGUGUAAUGAGUUCAACAUCUGUGAAACCCAACAUGCUGCCUGCGGGCCUGGUCUCCAAUCUCCAAGACGUGUUGAGCAAAAGAGGUGGAGGUGACCAACCCACUGAGCCUUCAACUUCUGAAGCUGCAGAGGACCCUGUUGAUAGUUCCAAGCCCAUCGUUUUGGUCACCAAUGGUGAUGGGAUUGACUCCCCUGGUCUUACUUACCUUGUUGAAGCUCUCGUCCGCCAAGGCCUUUACAAUGUCCAUGUCUGCGCUCCUCAAUCGGACAAAUCAGUAUCCGGUCAUUCCGUGACUCUCCGAGAAACGGUUUCUGUUAAUUCUGCUGAGAUAAAUGGUGCCACAGCUUAUGAAGUUGCAGGUACUCCCGUAGAUUGUGUCUCAUUAGCGUUAUCUGGCGCACUGUUUUCUUGGUCAAAACCUCUGCUGGUAAUCAGUGGAAUCAACCGGGGAUCAAACUGUGGCCAUCACAUGUUGUACUCGGGUGUUGUUGCUGGAGCUAGGGAGGCACUAAUAAGUGGAGUGCCCUCUUUAUCAAUAUCACUAAAUUGGAGGAAGGAUGAAAGUCAAGAAAAUGAUUUCAAAGAUGCAGUUGCUGUUUGUUUACCUCUAAUAAAUGCAGCAAUCGGGGAUAUUGAGAAGGGGGAAUUCCCCAAGAGUUGCUUUCUGAAUAUAGAGAUUCCUUCAUCUCCUUUAUCAAACAAGGGUUUUAAAAUAACCAAGCAAAGCACAUGGAGAUCUACUCCCAGCUGGCAAGCUGUUUCAGCUAAUCGUUAUCCUCCUGGACAUUUCAUGAACAGUCAACAAAGCCUUGGGAUUCAGCUUGCACAACUUGGCCGAGAUGCAUCUGCUGCCGGUGCAGCUCGUCGUGUGACAACACAGAAGAAGAAUGUGGAGAUUGAAUCAAUUGGAGCUGCAGGAAAAUCUGAUUUUGAACGGGUGAAAAAGUACUUCCGACUAGAGUUUGUGGAUAAAGAGCAGGAAAAUACGGAUGAGGAUCUGGAUUUCAGAGCACUCGAAAGCGGAUUUGUAUCGGUAACUCCUCUUUCCCUUUCACCACAUCUCGAGUCCGAUACUCAAACAGCUGCCUCCAAUUGGAUCUCGUCUGCACUUCAAGAGCAAUAAGGCAUUCCAACUUGACUUUGUGUUCAUCUGGAGUUCCGAUAUUAUUUUUUGGGGGUCUGCAGUUUAUUUAUUACCAAUUUAACAGUCGAUCACGAUUUUUAGUGUCCAUUUCUAUAAUUUAUUUUCUGUAGUUUCCACUUUAGUUGUUUUGGUUUAUUUGGUCAUGGAGCAAAUGCUUCUGGUAAUCCUAUGGCAUGUUUUAGAAAUGCCAGUUUGUUGUUUCUUUUUCAUUUUUCUUUACCAGCAUAACAUUGCCGGUUGUAUUGUAAUUGGAUGUGGUUAUAUUCUCAUUGUUAUGUUACAGGAUGACUACUUUGUUUGUGGAAA